AUGAAAUUUCUCAUUAUUCUGCUACCAAUUUUUAGAACUGCUAUUCCAAAUAAGCAUGCUAUGAUUGAAGUUUGGGGUCAACCGAAUUUCUUGAACGACGCACAAGCUAUCAAAAAUACUCAAUGGAAUGUAUGCAUGGCCAAAUGUUACUCCUCUGAAAAUUGCAUUUUAGCUCAUAAUCAAAACGAAACUUGCUACAUGUUCAAUGAAGUGACAAUGGGUACAGUAACCCGUACAAAACUCAAGGAUAAAUCUGUUGUAGCAUUUAAGGCGAAUUCUACAAACGGGCAGUGUUCUACGGGGCCACCGAGCAAUAUGAGUGGAACUAUAUUUUUCCAAGGACCUUCUGAUCUUAUAACCAUGAGUUGUAUGCUUCGAAUGGUACUGCACUUUCUUACAAUUAUUCUCGAAAUCACUGCGAAAGUCAAGGUGCAACAUUAA